AUGGAUAACUUUGAAAAAAUCGAUGGUAAUAUGUAUUUUCCUAACGAACAACUUCCACUUGCUGAUGUAUAUGAUUAUAAUAUGGUGAUUUACGAUGAUAAUGGCUGUGAAGUUUUCUAUCCUUUGUAUCUAUCAGAAUACAAUAAUGAUAUUACAUAUAAAAUGCCUUAUUACGAAAUCCCAUGCCAGGAGAAACAGGGUGAAAAGGAAAAGGUUAUGAUCAAUACAUGUGAAGAGAAAUUGGAGAAAGAAAAUAAAAAGUUACGAAAGAAAAUCGAGGUUCUUGAAAAUGAUAUUGAGAAAAAGAACAAGAAUAAUGAUAAACAGGCCGAUUAUAUUGUUUCUCUUCGGAAUAAAUUAAAAAACUACGAAAAUAAAAUUGAUAAAUUGAGAAUGACCUUGGAUAACGAACGAAGGAAUUUCGG